UUUUGCUCAUUUUCCAGCACUUACACACCCCGCUUGCAAUAUUUUACUUUACUUUGCAACAUUUUCAAAGUAUUUAUUAUCUUGUAGUUCCCUUGUCGAUACAAAUUACAUAUAAUAUGGCUGGCAAUAAAACGAUGGACUGCUGUACACUGAGCCUGGACGAGAUCAUCGAGCGGCGACAAUUGCGACCCGCUCAUGGCGGCCGACCAAACGACAAGAAAUUCAAUCCAAAUGGGAACAACAAGAUACGAAAGCUGGUGAACAAGCCAGCCUUCAAGGCGGGCACAGGAAUGGUGGGGGGGCUGCCGUCGGAUCAACCGGCUUCUCGUACCUAUGAUGCCCGCAACAAGAUCAUACAGAAGACACGUGCGAAAAUCACCGAUGCUCGCGAUGUCCUCAACCAGAAUAUGCGCGAGUCCGGCAUUGAUGCCCGCCAGCUGCUGAUGGAGCGAAAGAAGCAGAUACGGCCAGUGCCCGUCGAAUACGCUGCGGAGGAUCCCCAAGGUGCCAUUGUGAGCCAAGGCCUGGCUCGCCUGAUGAUGGACCGAAAGAAAUUCCCACCAAAGGACCACCGCGUACCAAUGCCUGUGAAAUACGUGCCGGAGGAUCGUAGAAGUCGUGGCGGAGCACAGGAGCACAUAGGUCAGUUUGGCCAGCGCAUGGUUACCAUGUCGAAUCGACCGGUUGGCAAUAUACACCAAAUGUGCGACUAUUAUAAUCAGAAGGGAAAUUCGGCAUCGGCUUCGGCUGCCGGACCCUUCAACUCCAGACUGAAUCCCUCGGCCAAACCGUUCGCACCACGUGGCUAUGUGGACCACGACAAUAUGCAGCAUCUCGAGGACGAGGAGGUCCACCACACCGCCGUGCAUCUGGGGAGCAACAGCAAUGUGCAGCCGUCUCGCUAUAGCUAUGCCAACUUCCAUGUGAACCGAGAUGAGGACGUGGAGAUGACGACGGCUCCCAUGCAGAAUAACAUUGCCAGCGAUCCGUUUUCCAUAUACGAGACGGCACGCAACCGUAUCGAGCGGCCCAUGCUGCCGGCACCGCACGGACCGCACGUUGUCCGCACGGACGGGGGUGAGCAGCUCUUUGACCGCUGUCGGCGACAGCUGGCUGCCACUUCCAAUUUGUCGGACUCAUUGCGGGCACGUCUGUUCGGCGGUGAGCCCGAUCGUCGCGUCUCCCAUGGCAUCUACGCCAACGAGAACAAGGGGCAGGCCAAUAGCUCGAAUGCGUCUCCAUCGAUGGUUCUCUCCAUGUCCGCACGCCGCUCCCCGCCGCUUGGCAUGGCGAACAACAAGAAGGGCUAUCGCCUGCUGGUGAGCAAUCUACACUCGAAUGUGACCACUUCGGACAUUCGGGAGCUGUUCAACGACAUCGGACCCAUGUACGAUGCCCAUGUGGUGCGUCCCGGCACCGCCGAAGUAAUUUUCAAGUCGCUGGAGCACGCCGAAAUAGCCGUGGACUCGUACCAUCAUCGCGAGUUCGAUGGCCAGCCGAUGCACUGUGUGCUGAUCAAUCCGCACUCGUCUAAUCGCUCGGCCCACUCAGCCAGCUCACGUACUGUCACCACAAACUCAUCUGGCGUCGAGGUAGACAUUGAUGCCCUGCACUCUGUGCUCUUCCGGGACCGCUGAUUGGCUGAUGGGCUGAACGGCUGCUGCGGACAGAACGGCCAUUAGUAAAUUAGAUAAAAAGUAAACUAAAGACAAAACAUCUUUCAUAUACUCCGCGUGCUAUGCCACAUGCAUCCUCCUCAAUCGAAACCUCUUUCAAAUGAUUUCUUCAUCAGUUCAUCAACACAUCAAUCCACACAGCGUAUGUUAAAAUAAAUAAAACACUUAACUAGACAAGUUGCUAGACGAACAAUAACCAGUUGCAAAAUCAAAAUUGGAGCCACUGCAAAUAAUAUUCCCAGUAGAGACUUUCCUCUGGGCUGUUCCUUCUACCAACUCUGCGCUCUGCUGCUUUCU